GGUCUCAGCAGGGCUACACACUGACAGGACCACGUUGAAUUCGCUGUCUCCUUUUACUGAUUGAUGCGUCAUUUGAUAUUUUCUCCUGUGAGGCAGCGCCCUAGCCCCAGCUGUAAGUUCAUGGAGAAAGUUAGAAGUUCUUCUCUCGUAUUGGUCAAUCACGCUCCUGCCUCUUCGAAUUUUCACAUUCAUCGUGCGCCCAUAAGAAAAGUGUACAGUCCGUUAAUAGUUCGGUGAAAAGAAAAUGUUUCAGGCCUUUUCAAGGAUUACGUUACCAGGUGGAAAGGACUUUCUUGGUCCAGUUGUUUCCCAGGCUACAUUUCAUCGACCCAGCGAAAGGUGAAUGCAGCAGCCCAGAAACAGAUGGGACGACUGUGGCACACGACAAACAUCUACAUGCAUUCACCAAUCCACGAGUAUGCAGAGAAACUCACAUCGCUUCUCCCAGACCCACUGAAGGUCAUUUACCUAACAAACAGUGGCUCGGAGGCUAAUGACCUUGCUAUGCUCAUGGCAAGGGUAUACACGGGGAACUUUGAUGUCAUUACAUUCAGAGGUGGAUACCAUGGUGCCAGUCCUUAUGCUAUGGGCCUGACAUCAAUGGCUGCCUAUAAAUACCCAAUUGCAACCGGAAUCGGUUGCCAUACUACUAUGUGCCCAGAUGUCUUCCGUGGUCCCUGGGGAGGAAGUGGCUGUCGCGAUUCACCUGUUCAGACCAUUCGGGAAUGUAACUGCUCCCCAGAUUGUUGCCAAGCAAACGACAUGUACGUUCAACAGCUCAAAGAAGUUCUCGAUACCAGUGUGUCACAGCAGAUAGCUGGGUUCUUCGCUGAGCCCAUACAGGGUAUUGGAGGAGUAGUUCAGUAUCCAAAGGGGUUCCUGAAGGAGGCCUAUAAGCUGGUCCGAGAAAGAGGAGGAGUGUGCAUUGCUGAUGAGACCAUUGAGGAAGAUGGUUUGCAGCAAAAUAGCACCCAAGUUGGGACCUAUCUGCUGACUGAACUUGCCAAACUGCGGGAUAAAUUUGGUAUCAUUGGUGACAUCCGUGGAAAAGGGCUUCUCAUAGGGGUUGAAAUGGUGAAGGACAAGGUAAGCCGUGAGCCACUACCAGGAGUAGAGAUGAACGAGAUCUUCGAAGAUUGUAAAGACAUGGGCCUGCUAAUUGGAAAGGGUGGAGUCUACGGACAGAUGUCCCGGAUCAAGCCUCCUAUGUGCAUCACUAAAGAUGAUGCUGAUUUUGCACUUGCAGUCUUUGGCCUGGCUAUACAGAGGCAAAUGGCGAGGAGAUUAUAAAAAGCUGUUAAGGCACAAUGAAAGAACAUUCAUCACAUCGCUUCUUGAAUUACUAAUUAACCAGCACAGAAGACUAAAAGGACACAUCUGAAUCCUAUAUCACAAUGAGACCUGAUAGAAUUGAUAUAUUUUAUAGUUUUAAUCAAGGAUGCAAUUUCUAAGUGUUGUUUACAGAAUCAGGAACUUUCUUUUUAUAAAAAGCCUUAACCUGAAUUGCAUUUUAAAACUCAUGUAUGUUAAGUGCUAAUAGAACUUGUUGCGUUUCUACAAUUUUUGAAUUAAGACUACUUUGAAAUCCCUAAAUUAAAAGGUCUUGUUGUUUA